GCUCACUUGUCUAAUGAGAAAAAGAAGGUUGCCCCUCGGUUUCUCACCAUCCAAAACAUGCAUCUGCCAAACAAAAACAAGACAAAAGAUAAACAGUGAGAACAGAAAGAGAAAGAGAAAAGCAUCAUCUCCAGCCUUCCCCAUAUAUAUCUCCUGUACUCUGCUGUGCACCUAGUCUCUAACAACAUCAUCAUCGCUUGCCACUCUCUCUCUCUCUCUCUCUCUCUCUCUCUUUCUCUCUCCAGCAGCUAUGGUGUCCGUAGAAAAUGGCCAUCCAACUCCCCGAGCCAGCGAUGCACCCUCGAGCCCCAGGAUCUCGUUCUCCGCUGAUUUCCUGGACGACAAGAACUUCAUCUCCAUCAGCCCCAAGGCACGCCACGAGAAGGAGCACGACAUGGAGAUCGACAAAGCCGACUUCGAGUUCCUCUCCACCAACGUGAGCAUCGACUCCAUGCCCUCUGCUGAUGAGCUCUUCUGCGAGGGGAAGCUGCUGCCCUUCUGGCAAAUGCAGCAGUCCGAGAGGCUGAACAAGAUCAGCCUCGGUUCCAAGGACGACGGCGACGAGGAUGGCCGCGAGGAGGCCAAGGAUAGCAAGGAACAAAGCAAGGCGAAUUGGUUCUUGGACGACGACCCGUCCCCGAGGCCCCCCAAGUGCACCGUCUUGUGGAAGGAGCUGCUGAGGUUGAAGAAGCAGCGCUCUAAUUCCUCGCUGUCGCCGUCGUCCUCCUCCUCCUCGACGUCGUCCUCUUCGAACUCGAUGGCCGACGCGGCCGCGAAGGACGAGAAGAAACAGGCGGCCGCCCGGAGCGGGGAGAAGCAGGUGAAGAGGAUAAAGAAAGGGCUGGAGAGGACGAGGUCGGCGAGCAUCCGGAUCAGGCCGAUGAUCAACGUGCCGAUAUGCACGCCGGCGAAGAGCAGCGCAUUGCCGCCUUUGUUUCCCGUAAAGAAAGGGAGAUUAGAUAGGUGAAGAGACGGCGAAGAUGACGAUGAGGAACUCGGAAAUGUCCAGUGUAGAGAAGAUUAAUAUCAAUAAGUUUACCAUUCAACCUCUUUCUUUUUUUUUAGUCCUAUCCUUUCUGGAGCCGUUUGUUAUAAGUCUUUUUCUGUGUUGUUUUUCUUCGGAUCCCAUUAUUUUGAGUGUAGAGAUGCUGACUUUCAGCUCAA